AUGCUGCUGGAUCACUUGAAGCUGGUUGCCUCUUAUCACGAAGUGAACAAGAUGACCUGCCAGAACCUGGCUGUCUGCUUUGGACCGGUCCUCCUGAGUCAGAGACAGGAAACGUCCAAUCACAAUAACCGGGUUUUCAUUGACUCGGAAGAGCUUGCCAGUGCCUUGGAUUUCAAAAAACACAUUGAAGUCCUUCAUUACUUACUGCAGUUAUGGCCAGUAAAGAACGAAUCUCCCAAAGACCCCAUGCCAAACAGCAUACAAGCAGAGUCCCAGCCGUGCUUGCGAAGGAAGAAGCCACGGCCACAGAUGCUUAAUUUAAACAGCUCAGGACGGCUGCGGAGUCCUGAGGCCAAGGGCAGCCCGCUUGGACAGUCCUUCCAGCAACCGCUAUGCAGGAGACUGGAGCAGCUGCCAAGGAAGCUACUUAUUGGCCCCCAGAGAGGAAGCUGAUUAUGCAGAUGUCCCAUCGGAAAGCCCCCAAUUCCCGGACACCUGCGUCCGGACUCAAGAGUCAAGUGAGCACACCACAGCCAAAGAAGCAUCGGUGGACUCCGUGGUAGGAGUCAGUGCCGGAGGCGUGUGCGAGGAGCAGGACGUUAACCUCCAGGAUCUGCAGGAGAGCAUAGACACCCUGAUAGGAAACCUGGAGAGAGAACUGAGCAAGAAUCGGCUGAACGUCACCUUCUAA